AUGUAUCUCAAUCAAAGUCCUUACAGGAAUGUACCUCAUCAAAAUAUACCUACUACCACCAUAUACGUUGAUCCCAACAAGUACUAAUAGCCAAUCAUUCAAUAACCAAUUCGAUAUCAACAAUCUCCAAGUACAGAUUAUGGCUACAGAGAUUCUCAGCUUCAACAUCAAUAUCAAGACUUGGCUAAAAAAUAUCAAGACUUACAGAGCGAGAAUAAUUAAUUAUUAAGAUAGUUGUCGGAUAGGCCAUAGAUUGGUUAAACUGAACUUUUGAAUUAAAAAUUGCAACACUAUGCGAUUGAAAAUGAAAAGCUUAGACAGCAGUUAGCAUAUACGUAUGAAUUGCAGGAGAAGCUAACACUCGUUACCAAUCAAUUGGAAAAGGUUAAUGAAGCCUUGAUGCUAUCAAAUCAAGAGAACCAACAUUUGUGUCAAUAAAUUGCUGAAUACAAGAAUUAACAGACUUAUGUGCAUCAAUUGAACUCAACUAUUCAGACAUAGGAAAUUUAAUUGCAAUAAAAGUAAGAGUAAUAUAGAAAUUUGCAAUAAGAGAUCGAUUAUUAUCAACAAAUAUUUCAGUAAAGAGCAUAGGAAACACAAUAAGCACAAUUAGAAAUCAAUAGAGUAAUUGGACAAAAUUAAGUGUAUAUAAUAAGAAUUAGAAUAGCAGAAAAGAAGUUGUUUGAAAUUAAAAUAAGAGAUUGUUGCUUUGUAAGUAGAACAGAAUAGUUUUUAUGUAAUUAAGAACAUGAGAAUAUGUAAUUGCAUGAAAAAAAUUAGGAGUUGUUGAGGAAUUUCGAAUAGCAGAAGGCCUUAAAUUAAAAUCUAAUUAUGGAAUUGAACAAAUCAUAAUAAAUUGAUUCAUAUAUUGAUUAAUUAAUAGAUUAAUUAAAUGAAUAAAGAUCCAAAAUAGAAUAUGCUAGUGCUAGAAUAUAGGAUUAGGCUAAUAAGAUUAAUGAGUUGGAAUUCAUAGCCAAUGAGAAAUCUUAAUUAGAUGUGUAAUACAAUCACCUAAAACAAAACUACAACAUUAUUGAAAAUGAUUACAAUAAAUUAAAUGAACUAUUAAAGUAGAAAUAAAUUGAAUUAGAGGUCAAUAAGAAUACAAACAUGCAAUACAGUUAGAGAAUUUAACAGAAUUAAAUGAAUAAUGUUCUCAUUAAUGAACUUAAAUUAGAAAUAGAGUAAUGGAAGUCGAAACAAAGCAGAAUGGAAUAGGUGUUUAAUGAUAGUAAAAAGGAAGAUCAAUUUAAACAAAAGUGUCUUUAAGAACAAAAUGCCUAAUUGACAUCUAUCACUGCUGAGUUAUAAGACAAGUUGCAACAGAAAGAAGCAGAUUUAUAACAAUAAAAUAUAAUGUUUUAGGACACUUUGAAAAAGCUAAGAGAGAAGGAAUAAAUCAUUGCCUACUAAUCAAAUAAGCCGAAUGUGGAUUUGGAAGAGGUGUAAGCUUUGAAGAAUAGGAUUAAGCUGUUGGAAUUGAAUGAUGAAAAGAAUUACAGUCUCUAAAAGGAAAUUUAGAGAUUGAAUGCUCAAACAGCUUCUUUAAGAUAAGAGUUAGCUACUUAUAAGAAUAAGCAUCAUGAUUACUAAUUUAUGGAUGAACAAUAUCAAAGAUCAAAUAAACAGAUACAGGAAUUGAAAAGCCAUAUCGUAACUUUAUAAAAAUGA